AUGGCAAUGGAAAUGGACAAAGACAGUGAACAUUUCCUUAAAGACGAGUAUUGUUUCUUCAAUGGGAAAUGCAAGCGAUGUUGUGGUUUUGUUACACUAACUGCAAGUUUUUACCAUCCUCAUAUUUUAGCAUAUCAUAUUUUGGACUCUGUUCAAUGAACUUCUUCAAAAGGUUUCUGGGACAAAGAUUACAAGUUUAACCCGAUCAGAUUUUGCACCAAUAUUGCAGGUGUUAACUUUUCUGCCAUAACAAAAGUUUUCGGUGAUGAAAUGAAAUCGGCUGUCAAAAGUUGUAAAUUUCAUUUCAAAGAGCAGAGAAAUAAAAGAGCUUGUCGAAUGCAGGAUGACGACAGUUGUUCCGAAUUUAAAAUGCUCUGUGAAUGAUUACUUUCAAGCACCACAGAGCAAGCAUAUGAUAAUGCGAAGAAAGACAUGGACACAUUUAUAGACGAAAGUGAGGACAGAAUGUUUUUAAAGACAUGGAUAUCUUUGUGGCAUGAUAGAUGUGGAUUCAUAUUCAGAGACUUUGUCCCAACAAAUGCUUCACAAAUUAACCAAGCAGAGGUCGUUCACACAAGCUGGGUACACAGAAAUUUGCCAAAUCUUAGUUUGCUAGACACCUGUCCAGCAUAUCUGAGAGUUAGUGUGGUUUUGGAUGUGGAACUUAAAGAAUACGAAAGAGGUUCGUUGUCUGUUGGGACCAGUACUUCGUACGAGAUCCGUAAAAAGAAAGAAAGGCGGCGAAAAGCACAAACGAACAAGCUGUGA